CACGCGCACUGCUCGCAUCUGACGCCGGACACGUGCAGGCUCCUCCCACUGCGCGCGCGCGGACGGACGCUGGAGAGAAGCAGAAGCUAACGCUGCUGCAACUGCUUCUCCGGCAGUCAUGGAGGAGCGACCGCGCCUGUGUGCGAGGGAUCCGCCAGAGGCUGGACGACCGCAGGCUGCGUGAAAAGAGGUGUCCUUAAAGGUUGCAGCAGUCACGGUGACAUGGGCCUCAGCGGUACUUCCACACCCUGCAGAGCUAACACGGGAGCCUUCCCUGAACCGUCAAGUAGAAAAUGACUCAGAGAAAUGGAAUCAGAGGCACGAGUGAACGGCUCCACUCGGCGGACUCCGUGGUUUGCGAGCAGGCCAACGGUAUGGAGCAGGAGAAAGCUCCAGAGGCCAACGACUGUGAAUCUGAGGAGGGCCGGAGGGGAGGCGAGCGCGGGGGCUCCGCCGCUGUAACGGGAACGGUCACGGCUCCAGAUGGCGGCUGGGGCUGGGUGGUGCUGGUUGCCACCAUCAUGGUCCUGGCUUUGACCCUGGCGUUCCCCUCCUGCGUGGGAAUCUUCUACACUGACCUGCAGAACGACUUCCACGCCUCCAACAGCGAAACCUCCUGGGUGCCCUCCAUCAUGACGUCGGCGCUUCACGCAGGAGGUCCCUUUUGUAGCGUGUUGGUGGAGAAACUCGGUUGCCGGGCGACAGUCAUGUUGGGCGGAGUCCUGAGUGGGCUUGGAAUGGCUGCCAGUUCAUUUACCCAGUCCAUCAGCCAGCUCUACAUCACAGCUGGGGUUAUUACAGGCCUUGGCUUCUGCUUCAGCUUCCAGCCGGCUGUGACGAUCCUCGGGCACUACUUUGUGCGUCGGCGUGCGUUCGCCAACGCCAUGUCGUCCACAGGCACGGCCCUGGGGCUGUGCACUCUCCCCUUCCUGGGUAACUACCUCCACACGGAGCUGGGAUGGAGGGGCAGUUUCCUUGUCUUAGGGGCUGUCCUGCUCAACUGCUGUGUGUGUGGGGCAGUGAUGAGGCCCCUGCAGCCCCCCAAACGUCGAGGCCAGCCGCUGAUGAACCACGGACCCCCUCCGCCAGAGAAGGAAAAUGUGAAGAAGGGAAAGGCGUGGGUGAGAGCAAUAGGGCGCUCCCUGCUGGCAUCCCUGAGCAAACACAUGGCCUUCGAUCAGUUCUGCAACAAUUCACGUUACUGUGUGUAUGCCAUAGGCAUCACCUGGAUGAUGCUCGGGUUUGUGGUGCCCCUGGUGUAUCUGGUUCCCUACGCCACGGCAAACGGCAUGGAACAGGGCCGGGCCGCGCUGCUGCUCUCCAUCCUGGGUAUCGUCAACAUCCUGGUGAGGCCGCCCUUCGGCAUCAUCUUCAGCUUGCCCUGGUUCAAAGGGCGACACAUUUACAUGUUUGCCUCGGCUCUGCUCGUCAACGGGCUCAGUAACAGUAUCUGCUGCAUCGGGCCCAGCUUUAACGUGCUGCUGACUUAUGUGGUUGUUUACGGGCUGUCCAUGAGCGUGGUGGGCUCCCUGAUGUUCACUGUCCUCAUGGAUAUAGUGGAGAUGAGCCGCUUCCCCUCGGCGCUGGGCCUGCUUGCUAUCAUGGAGAGCAUCACGCUGCUCAUUGGGCCUCCAUUGGCAGGAGUCCUGGUUGACAGGACAGGUCACUACUUCUACGUCUUCUUCGCCUGCAGUGCCACCGUCGCCUUGGCCGCCGUGUUCCUCAUGGUGUCUUUCUGCUGGCUGGAUAAAAAGGACAGGAAGUCAUCGAAGCAGGGUCCACCGUCCGCACUGCCCGAUCCAGGGAGACCCGAGGUUGAUGUCGCUCCUGGCUGUCAGUACAGCAGCGUGCCAACAGAGGGAGACAGAGACAAGGCGUCAGCUAACGGGGCAGAGUAUAUCACCAGCCUCUAAAUGUGCUUACACUGUGUGUGUGUCGCUCUCAGCACGCGUCACAUCCUCACAGCUCUGCAAAGUGUUUUGUAGUGUUUGUGCUUGUUGCGCCAGAUGAUGCAGAGUUUGCCUUUCUGGUGGUUGGCUGACCGCUCAGCUGGUGUGGUGAACCUCUGCCGUCUGGUCGUCACAAAAGUCAAAACAAACACUAUGAAUAAUUUGCACUGCUUGGACACUCGAUCCUACAUACCAAAAUGAGCAGAUGUGCACUUACAACGUGAUUGUACUGUUUAUUGUAAAAUGCUGCUGAUCUUAACUAUGUGAUCACACAAUCUGUCAUACAUGAGGCAUUUCACUUUAUAAAGCCAAGAGACAUCAUUUCCAAACGCUC